CAGACUGCGUCCUCUGGUCGAGACACAAGCAGCCAGCGGGGCUGAGAGGAAUAUUUCACCGCUCAGACUUAUUGAUUAUUGGGAAAUUUAUUUCUUUCUCAAAUCAAGAUGAAGGAGUUUAUUUUGUUGCUCCUCUUCUGUCAUGUUGCAUCUCCGGUGCUUCACUCCAUGAAGUAUUUCUACACGGCUUCGUCUCAAGUCCCAAACUUCCCAGAGUUUGUGGAAGUCGGUUUGGUUGAUGAUGUUCAGAUGGUUCACUAUGACAGCAACACACAGAGAAUGGUGCCCAAACAGGACUGGAUGGAGAAGGUCACAGGUUAUCUUCCUAACUACUGGGACAGAGAAACUCAGAGGUGUCAGAGUGAACAGCCAGUCUUCAAAGUCAACAUUGACACCUUGAAGAAACGCUUCAACCAAACUGGAGGUGUCCACAUUGUCCAGGUGAUGUACGGCUGUGAAUGGGACGAUGAGACUGGAGCCACUAAUGGUUUUCGUCAGUAUGGUUAUGAUGGAGAAGACUUUAUAGCUUUUGACCUGAUGACAAAGACAUGGAUCGCUCCAACACCACAGGCUGUCAUUUCCAAAAACAAGUUAGACAGAGAGACAGGUCAGAAUGAGUACUGGAAGAACUACCUCACCCAGGAGUGCAUUGAUUGGCUGAAGAAGUAUUUGGGCUAUGGGAGGAGCACUCUGCUGAGAACAGAGAGUCCCUCUGUCUCUCUCCUCCAGAAGACUCCCUCCUCUCCAGUGACCUGCCACGCUUCAGGUUUCUACCCCAACAAAAUCAUGUUGUUCUGGAGGAGAGACGGAGAGGAGCUUCAUGAGGACGUGGACCACGGAGAGAUCCUCCACAACCACGAUGGAACCUUCCAGAAGAGUGUUGACCUGGACGUUUCAUCAGUCAAACCUGAAGACUGGGGGAGGUACAGCUGUGUGUUUCAGCUCUCUGGUGUCAACGAGGACAUCGUCACCAAACUGGACCCAAAAGUGAUCAAGACCAACUGGGGCAGGACGGAGAUCAAACGUGAUGGAGCUCCAGAUUCUCCCUCAGAGUUUCCCACUCGUGUUGUUGUUGGUGUUGUUGUCGGCCUUCUGGCCCUGGUGGUGAUCUGCAUCGCUGGAUUCAUCUUCUGGAAAAAGAGAAACAAUGGGUUUGAAAAAGCAGACACUUCGGACGGUUCGACUUCAUCUGUCGAAGCUGCACCUCUUAACCGAGCACAGGAGAAUCAGUGAAGACAAGAUGGAUGGUGGAUUCCAGGAAGUCAUCAAGGCAUCAAAAAAUAUUUUUCUUUCUUAGAGAGCAUAUUCUCUAAAUUGAAUCAAGAAUGCACAUUAACUAAACUUGUUUUAUUGAAACAUGAUAUUUGAGAAAGUUUUAGGACAAAACAAAUGAGUUAAAAUUGCUUUGAUCCACUGGCCAAAAAAAGAUAAAAGAAAAUGUUUUGUAUUCAUUCAUCAUGUAAACUGUGUUCCUGCAUUCAUGCUCCAUGCCUAUACUAUGUUAUGCAGAUUUUCUUCCUUAAAUGAGAGAGUCUGAAUUGGCAGAAAUAUGACUGGACAUAUAAAUCUGUAUCAGUAACAUCAGCAGAGUAGGGCUGGGCAAUAUGGACAAAAUCAAAUAUCACUUUUUUAAAAAAAUACUUCCUUAUGGGAUAACUAUUGUUGGUUUCACAAAAUCUUCACACUGAUAUGACCAGGCAGGUUGAGGGAAACAGCUGCAACCCUCUAAUAAUUUCACAAAACUGCAUCCCUUUAAUGAAGCCUUUAAGUUUUUUAUCUAGUGAAGUGGGUUUUGUUGUUCAGUGGGUAAUACUCAUCAGAUUUUGUGUAUAAAUGUUAAAAUGAGUAAAGAUGAAUUUGACAUGAAAUCCAGUUUUGUAAACUGUAUUUCCUUGCACAGCGUUACACUUUGCUCUUGUUUUUCUGGAGCAGCUUUUAUCUUUUAUUUGACUGCUUUAUUCUGUGGCUCUUAUUUGGUCUGGCUCAUUUGGGAUUUGAUUUGUUUUAUGACAUUCCAGUUUGAAGUGUGUGUGUGUGUGUGUGUGUGUGUGUGUGUGUGUGUGUGUGUGUGUGUGUGUGGGGAGAGGUUUUGUAUGACAUCCCCUUUGCGAGUGCACUAUGUACAGAAUAUGGGUUUGAUGAUUUAAUAAAAUAUUUCUGAAAUGUU